AUGCCAUCAUCAAAGGGAAAGCCCACCGAUCCGAAGAAACGUGAAGAGGCAAAGAAGGAGGUCCUCAAUAUGGAGAAAGGUGGCGGCAAAGGCCAGUGGUCCGCCUGGAAGGCUGCGGAAAUGUCCAAGCGGUACGAAGCCAAAGGCGGUACAUACCAAGAUACAGGUGACAAUCCAAACCAAGCAAAGACGGGCGCCCCCACACCAAAGAAGGAAGCUAUCAACAAGGGUGAGCGUAAAGAUCCGUCGGAAGCAGUGGGUACUCCCAAGAAGCGCAAAGCUGACGCAAAGGACGACGGAGCCAAGUCCGAGAGCAAGGAGAAGAGCAAAAAGCCCAGGACCAAGAAGGAGCCCAAGCCUGCCACCAAGGGUACAAGGGAGCAGCCAAAACGUGGCGCUAAGAAGUAA